AUGACUACCCUGUCAACCUGCACCUCUUCUGAAGAAAAAGAAAUAUCAAAAGUGUUAACUGAAGAUGAGGAGGACUUGAAAGAUUACUGUACAGGAGGCUAUCACCCUAUUAAAAUUGGCGAUGUGUUUAAUGAAGGAAGGUAUACUGUUGUAAGAAAAUUGGGUUGGGUUGUAAAAUCAGCAACACAUUAUACAGAAACAGCUUUAGAUGAAAUCAAAUUACUUAAGAAAAUAGUUGAUGCAAAUUUAAAUGCGCCAGGUCGUCGUCAUAUUGUAGAACUUUUAGAUCAUUUUCAACAUUCAGGUCCUAAUGGAGUUCAUGUAUGCAUGGUUUUUGAAGUACUAGGUGAAAAUUUAUUAAGUCUAAUCAAAAGAUACAAUCACCGUGGUAUACCGCAUCAUUUGGUCAAACAGAUCACAAAACAAGUGCUUAUGGGAUUAGAUUAUAUGCAUAGAGAAUGUGGUAUAAUUCACACUGAUUUAAAACCGGAAAAUGUUUUAGUGUGUAUUGAUAACGUUGAGGAAGUUAUUAGGAAUGAGCUUGCAACUGGUGUAAAACCAGUAUCAACUACUUCUUCCACUAGAAAAGGUCACAGUGUUUGUAUAACUGGUAGUCAGCCACUCUUAUCACCUUCAUCUACAAAAGGAAACGGAAGCAUAGAAGAUAUAGAAGUAGCCGACGAUCGAAUAGAAAUAAGUAACGAAGAAGAUUAUAUUAAGGAUGUUGAAAUGACAGAUGCAUCUAAAACUCCAAUAGAUACGACAUUAACAGAAACAUUAGAACGUAAUCUUAAUGAUAUAUCCCUUGUUGAUUCUUCUAACAUAACUUCAUCUUCUAUAAAUGCUAAUACUAAAUCACAAGCUAACCUAUCUCGCAAAUUAUCAUCAAAAUGGACCACUCCAGAUAAAAUUACCGUUAAAAUUGCAGAUCUAGGUAAUGCUUGUUGGGUCGAACACCACUUUACCAAUGACAUUCAAACAAGACAAUAUAGAAGUCCGGAAGUGAUUCUUGGAAGUAGAUGGGGCAGAAGUGCUGAUAUCUGGAGUAUGGCUUGCAUGGCAUUUGAGUUACUUACAGGUGAUUAUUUAUUUGAUCCUCAAGCAGAUCAUAUUGCUCAAAUCGUGGAAUUAUUAGGAAUAUUUCCAAAACAUUUAGCAUUAAAUGGAGAGCUUCGUCAUAUUCACAAAUUACGUCAUUGGGGACUUUCAGAUGUUCUAAGGGAUAAAUAUUUAUUUAGUUCACAAGAGUCAUCAUUAAUAUCAAACUACAUAACAAGAUCCAUUGAUGUUUUUAAUAAACUCAUGGUAGAAAUACCAUUAACAAUAAACAUGAACUUGAAAAAAAAAGAAAAUUCUACAUCUGUUGUUCCCAAUACUAUUAACAAUAUUAUUAUUAGUAGUAAUGAACUUGAUGAAAAAUCAGAUAGCCAGUCAACAAAAAAAAUGAGUAAUAAUAAUCAAACGCGAGCUUCACGUCAUGCAUCUGGAAUUUUACCUUCCAAGCAAUUUUUUGCUCCAAGAAAACCCAUUUCACAACAAGCUUCAACUAGGCGUAAACCUGUUGUUUUUUCUAAUUCUCAAAUUAAAACUUCACUGUCAACAACAACACCAUCUACUUCUACAAUAGAAAAUCCAACAUCACAUGAUCAAGCAUUUAACCCAAUAUAUGAUAGUGAUAAUGAUUUACAAAAUAACAACAACAACAUAACAUUUGAUUCAAUAAUACUUGAACAACCACCAAUUUCUUCACAGGAUCCUUCAUAUUCUAUAAUAUUAGAACAAUCAACAUCAACAUCAUCAUACAGAGAUCUUAUUCUUCCAGGAUCUGGUGCAUUACCUAAUUCCAGAGAUUUAAAUAUGAAUAUCAAUAAUAAUAACAAUAUAUUUACAAUAAUAGAAGACCAAGAAGAAGGUAAUGAAGAAGAUGACAAUAAUGAAAUUAGCGGUGAUGGUGACGGUUCAACGUCAAUUAUUCAAGAAGCAUGA